GACGACUCCGACCUCAACUAACGACAACAGCACCACCGACCCCGUAGCACAACACAUCAAUCGCAAUGGGUGACGCAGAGGUCAAGACUUCCGCCUGGAGGCUCGUCGAGGUCGGCCGUGUUGUGCUCUUCGCAACCGGCGAGUACGAGGGUCGUCUGGCCGCCAUCGUCGAGAUCAUCGACCACAAGCGCGUCCUCGUUGAUGGCCCCGCCUCCACCAAGGAGAAGACCGUCCCCCGCCACGCCGUCUCUCUCUCCCACCUGUCCCUGACCCCGAUCGUCAUCGCCAAGCUCCCCCGCGCUGCCGGCAACGGUGUCGUCCGCAAGGCCUGGGAGGCCACCGAGGUCGAGAAGAAGUUCUCCCAGAGCAACUGGGCAAAGAACAAGGACAGGAUUGCGAAGCGCAGGGCGCUGAACGACUUCGAGCGCUUCAAGGUCAUGAGGUUGAGGAAGCAGGCCCGCUACGAGGUCCAGAAGAACUUCGCCAAGGUCCGCGCCUCCGCCAAGGCGUAAGGGGUGCUAUUAGUCGGACGGGGUUCUUAGGACGGGUUGUUCAUGGCAUUAAAAUGGAGAAGGUCUUGCGUUCACAUGCCUCGACGCAGCAUUUUCCGAUACCGAGAACGACAUGGACACGGGUCAUAACUUCAUGUAUCCAUGGGUUCUCAAAAUGAAAGCAUAUCCGGACAUGGGGCGUCUACGGAAUCUUUUUUGAGUGAGACAGGAAAACCAAGUCUACUAAAGUAUGGGCGUGCGCCGGUGACCAGUGGAUUGCCAGCUGAAGUGCUUGAGCGAUUGCGGUGCACCUUUUGAUAUCACACGCAGCCA